GAUUUUAACAAUGUUAUCGUGAGGUUGAGUUUCAAGAAGGUUGAAAAUUUCAGGUUUAUCUUCACUGCAGGAUGUUCGUGAAAGAUAUCAGACGAGAGUUUUACGAGGCAGUACUACACCAGAGAGUGCUGGUAUUUGUUGGAUUUGAUGUGGAUGGCUUGUGCGCUGUUAAGAUUUUGCAGUACUUGUUCCAGUGCGACCAUGUCUUGUACACAAUCAUUCCAGUGGCAGGGAAGCAGGAUUUGGAGAGGGCCUUUGUGGAGAACUCGGAAGGGAUGAAGCAUGUGUUGAUGAUAAACUGUGGAGCUAACCUGGACGUGGUGGAGCUGCUACAGCCUGAUGAGGGUGUGGUCUUCUACAUCUGUGAUAGCCAUCGCCCAGUGGACAUCUACAAUGUGUUUAACGCUGUCCAGGUCAAGCUGCUAAUGAAACAGGAAGAGUUGACUGACGUGCCUGAAUAUGAGGAGGUUUUCUGUGAUGAGGAGUCUGAAGAUGACUCUGGCAAUGAGAGCGAUAGUUCUGACAGAUUGGGGAAAAAACAACGGUUUGACGAUGAGGCCAUAGAGAGGCGCAGAAAGAAACGACAGUGGGAGGAAAAUAAAAACAAAAUUCUAUUCAAUUAUAUGCAGUUCUCAACAUUUGGAACAUCGGCAGCACUGACAAUGUUUGAACUUGCCUGGAAAAUGUCCAAAGACACCACAGAUUUAUUAUGGCUGGCAAUUAUUGGCCUCACAGAUCAGUACAUCCAUUACAAGGUAUGCAGAGAUAAGUACAUGGAUGAUGUCCUCACCUUACAGUCACACGUCUCCAGGCACAGUCACAGGGGCGAUGAUGCAGACAAUGUGAUUUCUGUGGACUGUCUGCGAAUUGUGUUUGAGGAAGAGCUAAGACUGACGCUGUAUCGUCAUUGGACACUCUAUGACAGCAUCUGUCACUCCAUGAAUUUCUCGUGUAAAUUUAAAGUUUGGAGUUUACGGGGACAGAAGAGGUUACAGGAGUUCCUGGCAGAAAUGGGAAUGCCUCUGAACCAGUGUAAACAGAAGUUUGUAUCUAUGGAUCCCUCCAUCAAAGCUAACCUCAAAGAACUCAUAUUGGAACACACAGAGAAGUAUGGGCUGGAAACUGCAGAUGUUGUGGUGCCAUCCUUCUUUGCUCAGUAUGGCUACAGAAAUAAACUUAGUGCUACAGAUGUGGCCCAUGCCUGCGUGGCAGCCCUGGAAUCAGUGGAAAGAGGAAAGAAAGCAACAGAUAAUUUCCUCAGUGCUUUGGACAUACUUCAUAGGACAAACACAGAAGGAAUGGAGAAGAGUUUAGAUCUGGCCAAGAAACAGUUAAAAGCCAUGGUUACUCAGGUGCAGACUUUCCUUGACAUGCACCAGGUCAUCUCUGCAGGGCCCUUCCUUUAUGUUUUCAUACAAGAGGGCACAGCUGAUGUGAAGUAUUUCUCAAAGGUGCAGUGUUUGACCCGGCUAGCCCGGUUCACUCUGGAAGCAUACUCAGCUCAGUCAAAGAGCAGAAAAGCGAAAAGUUUACCGUUGGUGUUGGGGGCACCUCUGGACCCAGAGGAAGGAACCACGAUCAUCAUUGGAAUUCCUCCCCUGAAUUUAGAUGACGAGCGCAAGAAUUUCUUUGGCAAGGCGUUUGAACAGGCAGCUUCAAGUACGGGGUCAAGGUCACUUCAUGACAGCUUUGAUUCAUAUGUAAUGGAGAUGAAAGGAGAAGACAGAAGCAAAUUCUUUGAUGCACUCAUAUCUUUGUUACAGUGAUAAAUAUAUUUCCAUCAUCUUAGUGCAUUUUUACCCAGAUGUAAAUAUCAG